GCUGGUCCUAGAAGAUGGCGGAGGCGGGGGUAAGUUGGCGUACCCCGGAAAAGCACGGGUAACUGGAUGUUGAGAGAAACGGUCUGAGAAGAGGUGUCUCACGGGAAGAGGAACUGCUUGUGUUUUUGCAAGGAUUUCUGGUAGGUCCUGUUUUAGGACAAGAUGAGGUACUGUUGAAGCAUCAGUCUGCUUGGAUUCACAGACGGUUGUUGAGUUUUUCAGCAGGGAAGCUGUUUUUUUGCUGGCUCACUGAACUUAUGAAACCAUGGCAGAAGGAGAGACAGAGUCGCCUGGGCCCACAAAGUGCGGCCCGUAUAUUUCAUGGGUCACUAGCCGGAGUGUGAACCUGCUGAUCCGUGGAGUCGUGCUGUUUUUGAUUGGGGUGUUUCUUGCAUUAGUAUUAAAUUUACUUCAAAUUCAGAGAAACGUGACCCUCUUUCCACCUGACGUGAUUACAAGCAUCUUUUCUUCAGCAUGGUGGGUACCACCGUGCUGUGGCACAGCUUCAGCUGUGAUUGGGUUAUUAUACCCCUGCAUUGACAGGCAUCUGGGAGAGCCACAUAAAUUUAAAAGAGAGUGGUCCAGUGUAAUGCGGUGUGUAGCUGUCUUUGUUGGUAUAAAUCAUGCCAGCGCUAAAGUGGAUUUUGAUAACAACAUACAGCUGUCUCUUACACUGGCCGCACUAUCCAUUGGACUGUGGUGGACUUUCGAUAGAUCCAGAAGUGGUUUUGGCCUUGGAGUCGGAAUUGCUUUCUUGGCAACCGUGGUCACUCAACUGCUAGUCUACAAUGGUGUUUAUCAGUACACAUCUCCAGAUUUUCUCUAUGUACGUUCUUGGUUACCCUGCAUUUUUUUUGCCGGAGGCAUAACAAUGGGAAACAUUGGUCGACAGCUGGCACUGUAUGAAUGUAAAGUCAUCGCAGAAAAAUCUCAUCAGGAAUGAAGAAUGCAAAAAUAUAUCUUUUGAACAGAAAACAAGAUGAAUGGGGCAUGUAAAGGAUACAUAUGCCAACAAACUUCGGACUGUAAAAUUGCCAGGAUGCAGUUUUCCCCUCUGUUAGUAUAUAUAUAGAUUUUUUUAAUAUAUAUAUAUAUAUAUAUACACAUACACAUAUAUAUAAAUACAUUACUGCAAUCUGUGAUUGCUUCAUCUGUAAAUCAGUUAUAAACCUUUAUGUUUUUGAAUUAAAUAACUGUAAAAUAUAUAUGCACUACAUUAAAAAAAAUGUUGAUUAAUAGAUGAAAUUUUUUUAAUUAAUUUUUUAAACAUACCAUACAUUGUAUCUCACCAUUGAUGUGCCAAAAGAUCCUAUUCCUGUUAUGCAGAGUAUCAGAAUGCUUUGAAUAGUUUAUAAACAUAGGGAAAUAAAGUAAGAGGAAAGCCCAAAAAAAAAAAAAAAAAAGCAAAUAGAAAGCUGUUAUUUUUUCUUUCACUUACUGUUGUGCCUUUUUUAUUUUUCUAAUUACAGUCGCAUGAGCUGUGGGUCCCCUGAUGUGUGGGUAGUUUUGAUUUUAAUGUUAUUUUCAGAGAGCUUUUGGUGUUUUAAUAUUUGAUGAAAAGGAACUUCGUAGAAUGUUUUCAAACUGUUGUUACAGGAGAGAGUCCAAAGAGUACUUUUCUGUUUAGGCAGCUUUUACUGGAGAUACAUGUGAUGACCAGGAGAAGUGAUCAGCAGUAAGCUGUUUUGAGUCUAAAUUUGAAAGAGUAUAUAGAAAUUAUCUAAAAGUAAGGGCUAUUAGAGCACUUAACUAGAAUACAUGCAUGGUGUGGAAAGACAAAAGGACCUUCUGCGGUGCCACAGAAUGUAAAGUGAUGUUAGCUGUCAUUUGCAAUCCAGUAUCCCGCUGCUUUUGCCCAUGGGACAAAUAAGAAUUCCCAAACAGAUCAAAAUAAAGUUCCUAAUUCUGUCGGGUUCUCUUACCGUGUGGUAAAGCAAAUGACUUUAGCUGGGUCAAGGUCAUGUGAUUUAUUGUCAGUGAAAUGCAGAGAUUUGAGCCUUACAUGCAUUCUGGUGAACGGAUGGGUACAUAAUUUCUGUAUUUCUGCGCCCAUUAGUGAAUAAUAGUUCAAGUCUGUUUAAGAGUGUAUUGGGCUGGUAUUCUGUGCGUGUGAAAGAUCUUGAUAGCAGUGAUGUGCCUAUCUUUUCAACGAUUAGAGAAAUGUGUGGUUUAAGCAUAUUCUUAGCUAACUUCUUUUUCCCUCAAUUUUUAUUUUUUGAAUUGCCGACAACUGUCUGAUACACAAGGGCAAAUUUUUCAGAAUACUUUGGCGGGUGUGUGUGUUGGGAGUGAGAGAGAGAGAAAGUGUAUGUAUGGGCAUGGGCUGCUAUUCUCCUACAAUGUCCAGUGGAUUGUUUUAAUGUUUGGUUUUAAAAACAUUGCUAUCAGAUUAAGACCUUGUGUGCCAAACUUGAAUUUGCUUUUACACAUUAAGGCUGAAAUUGUGAAAACCCGAAAAGAAUUUCAUAUUGAAUAUAUAUAUAUAUAUAUAUAUACAGCCUCAACUAUAGUGGUAUAAACAUACUCCUGUAAUUUAUUAUUCUAUCUUCCAAAUAAUGUUAUUCAUUUAGAACAAAUAAGGUAUAUUUUUAGAAUCAACUUUGUAAGCACUAUAAAAUCUUUAAUAAGUUAUAAGGACUAUGAUGUAUUUGCUUUGAAAAUUGCUGUUAAAAGCAAGAUGUGUAUUAAAUAUAUAACUAUCA